AUGAUUCGCCAUUUAUCGCAGAAUUCUGCCUGGCGCCGCAUGGUCCGGCCUAUAGCUAUAGGCCAGCGCUACCUCUCGACACAAGUGUCCCACACGUCUUUCCCUGCCACGCUGCUGCACUACUGCCCGCGCCAACGAGUGCGGCUGUACGACCACGCCGAGUCCGACGAUCGACCGGACGAUCUUGUUGACGAGAGCGCCAUCGUAGAGAAGAACGGUCUCGUGUAUCGGGAACCCCCCACAAGCCAUGUUUCAAACGGUGCUGUCCUGUAUCCUAAUACCUUUAUGAUGCAGGAGUUCAUCCGCAUGUACUAUGAUGAGAUGCUUGAUCGUGAAGAUGAGGGCAAGGAGGUUGAGACGCCCUACAUCUUUACUAUCAGACGAGGAACACCUAUUCCUAGCCAUCUCAUUCUGAUCAAUGAAUACAUGUCGCGAUUUUCUCUCCGACCAGCACAAGCCUUGCCGCUUCAAGAUCUUAAUCAAGCUCUCAACGAAUUCUUCGACAAACAUGCUAAGAAGGAGACUGCGAGUGGCUGGUUGGACAAUCAUCCAUUCCAGAAUGCCGUUGCCGAUGACGCCCUGGCAGUGUGGGGAAGUCACUGA